CGCGGCCCACUUCCUAAAGUGGGGCGCAACUGUGUAAGCGUUCUUGCGUCAAAAGCUAGAAAAAGAAGUGCAGGAGGUGGACGAAGCGGCGGAAUAGAGAGACCAUUUGAAGAUGGGAACGAAGCCGAUGAAACAAGCGAUAGUCGUUUUUGGAGCUCUAGCAUUCGGAUGGCUGGCGAUUGAGAUGGCUUUCAAGCCCUUUCUGGACAAGGCUCGUGCGGCCAUGGACAAGUCCGACCCCGACCGCGAUCCAGACGAUGUGAAGGAUGAGUCUGCUCGCGAAGAAUCUCCGUUUGAUGCUGUCGCCUCCGACGAAAAACCAGCAGCCAUAUGAUGGUGAUUGGUGAGCAAUGAGUAGUAUUUGCUGGUAGGUUUAAAUAAAGGGGCUUUAGGAAUUUAAGUAAAACUUGUAGCUAAAAGUAAAACUUGUGUUUCUGAAUCGGGACUAUGUUUGUAUGAAUUUCGAAUUUUAUCAAUCACGAUCACAUUUCACCUA